UCUUUUCUGUUUCUCUCUCUCUCUCUCUGACUCUCUCUCUACUUUGCAGCCAUGGAGCUCCUUAUGGCAGCCGGGCUUGGGGCCAAAGAGCUCUUCAGUUACAACAGAGAAAAUUUCAAGUUCGAUCAAGACCAGCGCAUUGAGCGCGAGGCUUUGCGAUUGGAGAUGCAAGUGAAGCGGUUCGAACUUUUCAGAGAGGAUGUGCGAGAUUUGGUGGAGCUUACGGUGGACCGGAUGGACGUUUAUCACUUGGUGGGAGCACUGUUCUUGGAGUUUUGCAUUGUCCUUUUUUGUGAAGGGCGAGUGCAGGCUUCAGCGCCCCCAUUCUUGCUAUCUUUGUUCUUGCUGUCCAAUGCGUGCGCCUUCAUCUACCUGUUGUUGGCGGUCUGGCUCAGCAUGCAUGCCUCCAUUGCAUCACACAGCUUUGGUGUCCGCUUGCUUACGAGAUUUGUGCGCUUGCCAAUCCCUAGCAUGAAGCAAAUAGCAGGCCUCAGGAGCACGCUCAAAGACUAUGAGCGGCAGGGUGUCGCCAAUUUGCUGCGCUUGCCUUUCCAGGAUCAGCAGGAAUGGCAGCAGGUGCAUGGGGUGGAUGGGGAAUCCAAAGCACCGAUUGAUGCAGAUUCAAGCGCACAAGUUUCGCAAGCUACUCCCAGCGCACCAAGUUCACUUGGACCCAAGCCAGUCAAGGAGCGAAGCGCAUCGCCACAGGCGCCAAGAGCACCGGGUCCAACAACUCUGGGGAAGCCAUUGGAUGGACAGGCAAAGUCCGGGGCGAACCUUCUGCAUUCAGGACAAAACUUGUUGCCGGAGCAAGACGAAACGGUCAUUGGCGGCGAGGAUUUGCUGACAUGUUCACAUGGAGCGCAACCUGAACGUCAUGUGCAGCUUUUCAGACAGCUUCAGUCCAAAUGGCAAUGCUACGAUGCAUACUGUCGAGUAUGCAUGGGUCUAGGUGUAAAUCAGAUUUUGCAAGGGCUCAGCUACUAUUGCAUUUGCCAUACACUGGUCGAGAACCACUCACCGACCACAGGUUAUGCUCUUGUGACGCUGUUCCAGAGCACCACCAUUGCGUUGGCCGUGCUGGACCUGGCCGGACUCCGUCGUCGCGAGAUUCUGGCGGUGCAGGUGGUUGGCAUCAUGCCCUGCUUACUUACAGCGUGGGGUGUUGCCCAUGGCCAUCGUAUUGAGGGCGGUGUACUGGAUCCCGCUCAGACAUACAUGCUGUCACCCUUGAGCUUCCUGUGCCAGGUUUUGUGGCUGGAGCUGUGGCUUCGAGUUGCAGCUCCGCAUGGCGAUGACCAAGCCAAGCUUCCACGACGCUUCCGCCAGGUUCUCUUCUUGGACGUUUUUGGAGAUUCUUCAGGUGACAUCUCGCACAACUCUGACAACAACUGUGAGGAUGACAUGAUUGAAGGGGAAAUGUUCAAGCAGCUAGGGGUAAAGGAAGAAGACAAGGAUGCUGAUGAUGAGGCUUUGAUUGCUGCUGCGCAGAGGGCGGCCUCACAGUUGACGAUGGCUCAGUGUGGCGUGAGGCGUUGGAGCGCAGCGCCAAGUUGGGCUUUGUCACGGCAGCAGCACAAGGAUUUGGAAACCCUACGGGAUCAGCUCACGAACUGGAGCAGCACAAUCUGCACAGAGUUGGAGCGCUGCUGUCGCCUUCCAGGGAUUCCUGAAGCCCUGCGGAACAUGGAGAAGACACUACGACCAUGGUCAGAUCUCUCCUCUGAGGAACAAUCAGCAGAUCCUUUCGCAGGUUGUUUGGUCGGCCCUUUUGAACACGAUGAUGGCUACAAGACGGCGUGCUACCACUUUGAAAUUGAAAGUCAGCGGACACUCUUUGAAGAUGCAGCGAGACAAUGUCCUGGAGCACUGGUUCUUUCUUUGCAAGCAGUAUCUGCUUUGCUAAAGGACUUAGAAGAAUCUGCUCGCAGAUUGUUGGAACUGCGAAUCAUGUCCGACUUGCGCAUCACCAUGCAGCGUCGUCGAUUGCAAAGUGAGCUGAAGUCCUCACGGAAACCAAAGCGGCCUAGUAUACGUGCUCAACCGCCAGCCCACGAGGGGCGAGUGCAUGGGAACUUCCCCAACUUGGUUGCACUUUUCAACACACGUUUGCACCAGCGGCGGCUUGACCAAGAGGCGCAUGUGGAACUGUUGCGGGUUGACUCACCAAGAUCGGAAGAGGUGCCUGAAACGGCAUCAGAGUCAAGCCACAUCCCUAUGGCAGGUGAGCGUGGUGACCGUGGUGACCGUCCUGAUCCAGAUCAGAGCGAUCCUACACUUGUGGCAAUGGCAGGUGCUAAUGCCCGACACUUUGUUCCUGAAAAACUUCCUUGGCAAGUCCUGCGAAACAUCACACGGGUGCUUCAAGUUUGCUGGCUUUGGUCGGGCAUCAUGGCGUUUCUGAAGGAGGUGCAUAUUUACCAAGUGGACUUUCAGCAGCAUCCUGCCAGUGAGCGAAGGUUGUGCGAAGCUGGCACAUGCGCAGCUUCAGUUUGGAGCUUCAGCAAGAUGGACGUGGAUUGGCCACAUGGUACUUUUUUCCGCCCGCAGGGAAUCUUUUGCGCCAACCACUUCUUUGUUGCCAGCCCUUUCGCCUUGUAUCAAGGGCAGCAGAGUGCCCAUGUGCAGCUCAAAGAGGUUCAGCGUGUAUCAUUGCCCCAUGCUGUCAGUGCAGCUUGCCGUCCUGGAGUUGACAUCUCUGAGUGCCUCCUCAUAGCUCCGGCAAAGGAGGGAUUACAGAUCUGGAACUCAGCUUCAAGAGGUCGCACAGUUGCAAGACUCGAUGAAGCGUGGCACGUGGCGGCUGGGAGCACCGUUCCAUGCGAACAGGUUCUCCAGUUGCUUCCUCCAGAUGAAAUCGGCUUGGCAGAAUGGUGCCUGUUGCUGGCAGGUUGGGAUGGCCGAAGAGUUCCAAUUGCUGCGGUGCCGCUGAUCCAUGGUGCAUCAUUGCCACCAGACACUUCUGUGCAGCCCGGCCUAGAUGUGCCCUUGCAAGAGGAUGCCAAGGACUUGGUGGCGAUGCAUAUAGAUUCGAAUGGCAAUUUGGUGGCGAUCAUGUCUGGCUAUCUCGAGGUCUGGGACCUCUUUGCUUCCCGGAGCUUGGGGCGAUGGAGGCCACGGUGGCCUGAAAGCUUCAAACCUGUGGGUAUUUGCCAGGAUGCGAGUGUUGGAUUCAUGGUGGUCGGCCACGAUGUGGACAGAGGUGGCGCAUCAAUGUCACAUUCGCACAGCAUUCCAUGGAAUACGAGUUUCCAAUCCGUGUGACUGUCGCGGUCGGUGUAAAUAGGCAUUUUUUAUGUGGAGCUUCUGGGUUCGAGUGGAAAGC